UGCUGUCUGUGAUGCUAUCCCAUGACGCCCAGGUCAGUAGCUGACACUUCCAGUGAGCGGGAGACGCCACUGCACAAUCGGUCCUGGGCCGGCGGCAUUAGCCGGUUCUCGCCCUCCCUCUCUCACGCUGGAGACGCCACCUCCACCCACCUUCCAGUAUCCACAACCAUCAGCUCCGAUCCACCCCAGUAAGACCCCCUCACACACCGACACGCUGACGUCCUUGGCAAGCACCAGCAGCAGCAGCAGCCAAAAAUCACAAUAUCUUCAACGCAAUCAGCAACACCAGCACCAACACUGUCACCAGCAGCAGCAGCAACCAUGUCCAGUCGUAGAAAGUCCUCCACCCCCUGCAUGGUUCGGGUCAUUACCGACCUGCCUGAAGAGCAAGAUGAAGCAGAGGAGGUGAUGGAAAUAUCGACGGACAAGUCGGAGUCACCUGAAUGUGCAGAAAAGAGUCAAGUCGCCGAGCAGGAGAAACCAGAGGAUCCAGACCAGCAGACAUUUCCAAAUCCAGAGGAAAACCAAACUCCUGAGCCAUUAGAACAAGAGCAACAGUCGAGUAAAGAAGACCGACCCCCUGUCAUCGAAGAUGUAGAAGCCAGAGAAGAGAAGGACGGGGAAGAGGCCGAAUCUGACACAACGUCCCAGAAAAAGCUGCCCAGAGGUUACGAGUGCAAAUACUGCCCGUUUUCCACACAGAACCUGAAUGACUUUAAAGAGCAUGUGGACUCCAGCCACCCUAACGUCAUUCUCAAUCCGUUGUACCUUUGUGCUGUCUGCAACUUCAACACCAAGAAGUUCGACUCACUCACGGAGCACAACGACAGCCAGCACCCGGGCGAGACUAACUUCAAGUUCAAGAGGAUAAAAGUGAACAAUCAGACGAUCUUAGAGCAGACAAUCGAAGGCAAGGACAAUUCAGUUGAAUGCGAAGCGACAAAUGAACGAGGUGAGAGCAGCAACAGUUCCGUGUUUCCACCUUGUAUAUCUACCACGGUGAAAACCCCCGACAAUAUCCAGUCGCUCUAUCAAGGAGGCGACCUGAAAAGCCAGCUGGAUCAAAUCACAGCGGUAAGCAUCAACGGAACAGUCAUCAUCCCUGAACCCACCAUCCUCCAAGGGCUCUCCCAUGUCACCCCGAUGCUCCAGCGCCCGCCCAACUUCAACUCUGUACCAAAAAUAGCUGUUCCCUUGAACACUACCAAAUACAACCCUUCUCUAGACGACAACCUGACAUUGAUCACCUCCUUUAACAAAUUCCCUUACCCGACACAUGCUGAGCUGUCCUGGCUCACAGCUGCUUCCAAGCACCCAGAGGAACAGAUCAAAGUGUGGUUCACCACCCAGCGCCUGAAGCAAGGCAUCACCUGGUCCCCGGAGGAGGUGGAGGAAGCAAGAAAGAAAAUGUUCAAUGGUUCCAUCCCUCCUGCCCAUCACAUGUUCACCAUCCUGCCUACAAGCCCCAGCUCUCAGCCGUCUGCCAAAGCUUCCCAGCAGCCCAUCGUCCACACCACAGUGGAGCAUCCAGGUCUCAUCCGGACGACCACGUCCAAUGGGCUGAGUGUGGUCACCACCACAAGCGCUCUAGCUGGGUUCGCAAUUAGCUCCACCCUUAAACGACCCCUGCCAGCACACCUGACGACGCUGUGUGGCCCCGAGUCUAAGCGACCUAUUAUGGCAGUCGCCCCCCAUUCUGGUGACCCUAAAGACAAGGGCCUCAUGGCUCCUCCUCCACCCCCUCCGCCCCAGAAAGACCACUUCCCAAUGGCCCCUCCUCCUGUUCCCAUAGAGAUGAAGAGGCCCUCCGCUGCUGUGCCUUUAAUGCCCCCCCCAUCGUCCUCCCCGUCUUUGUCGUCCAAAGGGAAGAUUCUCUCAUCGUUAGGAAGCCCCAAAACAAAGCCGGUGUUGUCGCUGCCCUCCAUUGUCUUUCCAGAGUCCUUAACAAGGCCAAUGAUCGCCCCCCCGCCUAUCUUUGCCCCUCCAUUUAAAAAAUCUUUACUUCUUCCUCGUACCCUGCCCAUUGCCUCCAAAGAAAAGCACCCAAACACCCACCCUUUGCCAGCUCCAGAUUUGAAGUUGCAGAACUCCCCUCCACUCGUUACCCCACAGAUAAGGAGGCCGACCAUUAUUCAGACCAUUCGUGCUCCGGCUAAAGCUCCACCACAGGCUCCGGGAUUUACCCUGGAUGGUAAGAAACUAAAAGAGCAGCAAGGAGUGGAGCUGAAAGCCAGCUACCCCAGAGGAGACAAGGUACUAACCCCUCUGACGGAGGCCAAUGGAACGUCUCGCACUGACGGUAAAUGGCCUCAUAACCAGACCUCCGCUCUUUACAACAAUGGAGGGAUACAUAUGGAUGGUGGAAAGACAGCGGCAUCCACAAAACCAGAUUUUCAGCAGAAGUCCUCAGUGUUGACUCAGUUUCCUUUGCUGGAGAGAAUGAAAGGAAAAACAGCAGAACAGUUGAAGAUCUUGGAGGAGAACUUCCUGAGGAACAGCUUCCCCACACACAGUGAUGUGGACGGUCUGUCAGCCACCACCCGCCUGUCUCACCGGGAAAUCGACAGCUGGUUCGUGGAGCGCCGUGCACUACGCGACAACUUGGAACAAGCACUUAUCAACUCCAUGGGCACUAAGAGGAUCGGGGUGGGCGGCAUCGCUGCCCUCACUGACAAACAACUGUAUCAGCAGCAACACCAAACUCUGAAGCUGAAUGGGAUUCAUAAACCUAGCAUCGGUGCCGGCCAGCUUAAAAGCCCUCUGCUAACUACGCACACUCUGCCCAUCCUUUCCCCCGGUACAAUCGCACCCUCCGUCCCCAACCCCAAUUCCUGCUCAGUGCCUCCAGACAGCCGAUCCCUGGCGCUCCUCAAGGACGACUUUGCUCAAACACGGUGGCCUUCCCCUGAGGAGUUAAGCCAGCUGGAGGGUCGGACAGGACUGGCUCGCGCCGACCUCGCCCGCUGGUUCAACGACAGUCGGCUGCAGAGCGGCAGCAUGGACCUGACGGAACUUUUUAACAACAACGGAGUAAAUGGAGGACAGGGGGCGCCUGCGUGCUCCCCUGAAAAUGCUCCCUCCAGCAUAAUCCAGCGCUGUCAGGAAGGAGCCAUAACAAACAACAACAGCAGCACUAAGGUGCUGGAGGUUGAGUUGGGCUGGUUGAUGGAGCAGCGCGCCAACAGCCUCAACAUUCAACAGCACGAUGGCGUCCACGACCGGUUUGCUGGAAG